AUGACAUUCUCUAGCGUCAGUCACCCCCAGUCCAAUGGAUCGAUCGAACGAUUCCACGCCACUUUAUUGGAAAUGAUUAGAACGCACGUAUCUGAAAAUCCGAACGAACACCCCUUUAAUAUCCUACCCUAUGCUGUUCAGUGCUACAAUAGCACAAGGAACAAAACCAUAGGAUUUACUCCCUACGAACUUGUCUUCGGACAUACAUCUGGUGGUCCCCCAGAACACGUCUACCAUGAAAAGGAAUUGAUGUCUAAAUACCUUCGAGAUAUUCGGAAUAAGCUCGAAUACUAUUAUAAAAUAGCCCGUGCCAGAACGGACGAACAAAAGCAAAAGGCUAAGGUUCGUUUCGAUAACAGAGAAUCACCGAACCUCCAAAAGUACAAAAUUGGUGACAAAGUCUUUGUCAAACAAUCCCAAAUUUCCAAUAAGCUUCAAAAUAAAUUCGAUGGACCAUAUGAGGACAUUCAAGUAUUUGAAAAUUCGGCAUUGCUCAAAAAUCCAGAAACAAACAGAACAACUAAAGUCAGUUUUGAGACUUAG